GCGCACUGGCCGCUGUGUCUCCGGUGCGCUCUGCUCCUCAAACCCGAGAAAAGCGCGAUGGAUGCCCGCUGUGGCGCUGCACCGGGGCGGGCGGAGUGAGCACAAAGAGCCGGGGCUGUGGAGCUGCUGCGCGGCCGCGCCUGGACCUGUGUGACCCGGAGGAGACGCUUCGGAGCCGCCGGGAGCAAACAUGAAGUUACUGAAGCCGAGUUGGGUGAGCCACAACGGCAAACCCAUCUUUUCUGUGGACAUUCAUCCCGAUGGGACCAAGUUUGCCACAGGAGGACAAGGGGAGGAUUCGGGGAAGGUGAUGAUCUGGAACAUGGCUCCUGUCCUCAGAGAAGAAGACGAGAAGAACGAGAGUGUCCCCAAGAUGCUCUGCCAGAUGGACAACCACCUGGCCUGUGUGAACUGUGUGCGUUGGUCUAAUAACGGUCUGUACCUGGCAUCUGGAGGAGACGACAAACUGGUGAUGGUCUGGAAGAGAGCAGCGUUCAUUGGGCCCAGCACAGUGUUCGGCUCCAGCUCCAAACUGGCCAAUGUGGAGCAGUGGAGAUGUGUGACUAUACUACGCAACCACACUGGAGAUGUGAUGGACGUGGCCUGGUCCCCUCAUGAUGUGUGGUUAGCCUCCUGCAGCGUCGACAACACCAUCGUCAUCUGGAACGCACGAAAGUUCCCAGAGAUGGUGAGCGUGCUCAGAGGUCACACAGGACUGGUCAAAGGUCUGACGUGGGACCCUGUGGGGAAGUACGUGGCGUCUCAGGCUGAUGACCACAGCCUGAAAGUCUGGAGGACGGUGGACUGGAACAUGGAGGCCAACAUCACAAAGCCCUUUAAUGAGUGCGGCGGUACCACUCACGUUCUCCGCCUCUCCUGGUCUCCUGAUGGACAGUACCUGGUCUCUGCUCAUGCCAUGAACAACUCUGGUCCGACGGCUCAGAUCGUAGAGCGUGACGGAUGGAAGACCAACAUGGACUUUGUAGGGCACAGGAAGGCCGUGACCGUAGUGAAGUUUAACCCCAAAAUCUUUAAGAAGAAGCAGAAGAACGGCAGCGCCCCCAAACCCAGCUGUCCGUACUGCUGCUGCGCUGUGGGGAGUAAAGACCGAUCGCUCUCUGUGUGGCUGACGUCCCUGAAGCGCCCCCUGGUGGUCAUACACGAUCUGUUCGAUAAGUCCAUCAUGGACAUCUCCUGGACACUCAGUGGUCUGGGGAUGCUUGUCUGCUCCAUGGACGGGACUGUGGCCUAUCUGGACUUCUCACUGGAUGAGCUCGGAGACCCCCUGAGUGAGGACGAGAAGAACACCAUUCAUCAGAACAUCUACGGGAAGAGUCUGGCCAUCACAAACACCGAGGCGCAGCUCUCCACCACCAUCAUCGAGAACCCAGAGAUGUUAAAGUACCAACAGGAACGCACCCAGAACCAAGACCAGACCAGAGCCCAGCCAGGGACCAACCACAGCUCCGCCCCUAAACUCAGCAGCGUGGUCAACGGGGAGUCGCUCGAGGACAUACGCAAGAACCUCCUGAAGAAGCAGGUGGAGACGAGGACUGCAGACGGGAGGAGGAGAAUCACUCCUCUCUGUAUCGCUCAACUGGACACCGGGGACUUCUCUCCGGCCUUGUUUAACAGUACUCCGAUCCUGCCCUCUGGUUCUUCUCUGUCGAACCAGAUGGGGGGCCAGCUCGGCUCUGACUCCACCCAAGGACCGGGCUCCAACCUGGGGAUGCGAACAGGACACGAGCCCAUGAUCACAUCCCCCCCAGCGGGAGCCAAGGACGGAGACAAGGACGGGGUGAAGGGGACUCUGCUGCUGACCUCUGCCUCAAAGAUCGAGCCGAUGAAAGCGUUGGACUCCAGGUUCACCGAGAGGUCAAAGGUCACACCCGGGGUCGCCAACGCCAUCACCUCCACCUCUGCCCUCACCCCUCUGGACAGACCCAAAGAGGUGUUGGCUCUGAAAGAGGUAAAGCUUAAAGAGGAGACGAGCAGCGACAGCGAGGAUAAAAUGGCCGCCAUCAACAGAAACCUGGCUCUGAAGAGGAAGGCGGAGUCUGAGGGGGUGGAGGAGCGCAGGAGGGCGGAGACUGAGGGGGUAGAGGAGCGCAGGAAAGUGGAGUCUGAAGGGGCAGAGGAACGCAGGAGGGCGGAGCUAGAGGCAGCCGAGGUUGUAGAGAAGAGGAAGAAGGGACGACCACGCAAAGACAAGAUGGCCUCUACUGCUCAGAGCUUCAACCCUGUACAGUCCACUCCUCCAGAGUCCAGUCGUGUGGUCCACCCUCCAGUGCAAGUGUCCAGACUGUCCACGCCCAGUGUCCAGAAGAGCCUCAGUCUGCAGGUGAGCAUGGAUCCCUGUGUGACAGUGGAGCUGGAGAACGAGGUGUCCGUGGUGUCCGGGUCCAGACUCAGUCAGCUCCGAUGCUCCAGAGAUGGGAGAGACUGGAGCACACUGUUACCCAGCUCUGUGCUCUGUGCCGCAGGCAGCAGUGAUGUCAUCGUGGUGGCGUGUGAGGACCGCACCCUCUCGCUCUUCUCUUCCUGUGGCAGGAGGCUGUUUCCUCCCAUCGCGCUGCCCUCUGCUGUCUCUGCUGUGCACUGCGCCGGGCGUUACGUCAUGGCCCUGAGCUCCAACGCCACGCUCUCCGUCUGGGACGUGCUGAAACCGAAGGCUCUGGUGAAGAACGAGUCCCUGUUGCCCCUCUUUUCAGGCUCAGAUACAACCGUGAGCCAGUCCCUGCUCACGCCACAAGGGGUCCCCGUCGUCACUCUGUCCAAUGGGAAGUCCUUCUGCUUCAGUGUCGCCAUGGAGACGUGGACAUUGGUGGCGGAUAAGGCCGACUCUCUGGUGCAGUGUGCAGACUUCAGGAGCUGUCUGCCUUCUCAUGAUGCAUCUUUGCUGUCCGGACCACUGGCUACCAUGCAGGGGCGCCACCUCAGUGCUGGCCGUCUGUCCUCCCGUCUCUCCUCCGCUCCUCACCACCUGCAGCAGGGAGUGACUCUUGCGUUCUUGGAGACUCAGCUCUCCUCUGCCCUCGCGCUGCAGUCGGCCUCAGAGUACAGACACUGGCUCCUGGUUUACGCCCGCUUCCUCGUGCACGAAGGCUCAGAGUUCCGUCUGCGAGAGCUGUGUAAGGAGCUGCUGGGACCUGUGCACAAGUCUGUGUCCUCCUCCUGGGAACACUCCACUCUGGGCCUGAGGAAGAGGGAACUGCUCACUGAGGUGCUGCCAGUCAUUGGAGAAAACCUUAGAUUUCAGAGACUCUUCACAGAGUACCAGGAGCAGCUUGAGCUGCUCAAGAGCAAAUGACACCACCCUAUACCCUACGUCCUACACCCUACACGCACUUAUGCAUAUGUCCUACCUCCACCUGCUCAUCUCCUGUACAGCUCACUGCCCUGCUCUGCUCCUCAGAGGACCAGGACCAGCUUGAGCUGCUCAGGAACAAAUGACCCACCCUUAUCUACACCACCAUACUCCCUAUACCCACCUAUGACCUAAUGACACCCACCACACCACUGGGUCCUCACCUACUCCCGGAGCCCUCUCCCCUCCUACUCCCUUAAUGACACCAGUCUGUGGUGUGACCCUGUGCUCUUCUUCCUCUCGCCUGCAGAUUGAAAAAAUGAAACAUUUUACCCUCAAACCAGAACUGACUUUAGAGAACAAAUGAUCCUCCUGUGUCCCCCUCCCCGUCUGCCCUGCUGUACCUGCAGAGGGCACAGUGAAUCAUGGACAAUAAACAAAAUAAAAUAUUAAACUUUAAAUCCAAGACCAGAACCCUGAGCUCUGACCAUUCUGAGGCUCGUCUGACACCUGCCGCACAGGAGCGAUAAGAGCCACAGAGCCACUAUGUGUGCAGUGAAUGAAGUCUGAAAUAAAAGCAUCAAUUCCUUUUUUUUUUUUCUAUAAAUGUGUAACACUGCCCCCUGUGGCCUUGCAGUGUCACUGCAUUGUCGCCCUCAAACUGCCUGAGAAAACCUCAAAUCUGUAUGGAUCAUGACUCAAGUUCAGAUCUAAAUAUGUUUUGUUAGAGCCAUAAAAGAAAACAAUUCAAGUAAAUCUGAAAACCAAAUGUGGCUGUAAUGAAAUAAUGAAAGUGUCACACAGAAAUGAACCGUCUGUCAAUCAAACUUUUACCUCUGAAUCCUUUGAAUCAGCUCUUUUGGAUCGAGCGUCUUAAUUUAAACUUUAGUUUGUUCUAAAAUCAUGUGACCCUGAUCAUAAUCCUGCUGCGCUCGUUUGAGGGAGUUUUGUAAAUCUGUAAAUAAAUGUAGAGUUUGAGCUUUUGCAGAAACGAGCUGUAAAAAGGAAAAAUGCUAAAUAAUAAAGUUGUGAACCAGGAAGUAAACAGGAAGUCUGGUUUCUCUCACAGGAAGUCCCAACUUUGUCUCGCUUUUUCUUCCUCCUGGAUAGGUCAUGUUUAAGGGGAAAGUGUUUUUCAGUUUAAAUAAAUACGUAGAUAUAUUUUUCUGUGUAGGUCUAUGGCCUUUAUAAACAUGACUAUUUACACUGGAGCAUUUGUUUUGUAAAUGAGUUCACAAUUAUCUAACUUAUUUGGUCAAUCUUGGAAGAAUUAUGUCUAAAAGAUCAAUUAUUUUUUGAUAGUGUUGAAAAUGAAACCAUUUUAAGACUUAAAAAUGUUAUUUACGACUCAAGGAUCUAACUUGGCUGUGAGUUAAUUUUACAUACACAACCAGGACUGAACCAAGUCUAAACUGUGGAUUAAAACGGGGCCGAACCAGAGACAACGAUUGAAACAAAAAUAAAACACUUGUCAUGAAUCGUGUCAUGUAAUUGUCUUUGGGGACAAAAUGACCUCAUAAACUAAGUAUGUACAAUUUUUAAAGUUGAUACAUUUAUUUCAGUCAAAGUUUCAUGUCUUUUGAGACCACUAUAUUUUUCUUGAAUAUCUGAAUCUCUCGUUGUGGGCGGGACUUCCUGUGCUUUGUUUUUAAACUUUAUUAAAUCUUUUUGAGCUCCACGCUGUGACCAUAGACUGUAUAACCCCUGACCCUUCAGUCCAGUCCGUGGCUGUGACAAGCUCAUGUACAGACUGUAUAACCCCUGACCUUUGACUCCUCAUGUACAGCUUUGCUCCUUUGUUUGCUCCAUUUUAAAUGUUUGUACAAGUUUAUGAAUAUUUGAGUUUUCUAUGAAGCAGCUGCAGAAACUGUUAUUUUGGAAAGAAUUUGUGAAAAUAAUAAAAAGACAUGAAGG